GCCGGAGGGAAGGAACUACGUGACCCUGAGAGGACAGUACUCGGAUUUUUGCUCCGUUCUCCGCACCGUUCCAUUCUUUUUCUCUCGCUGCUUUUUCGCCGCAAAUUCACUCGAUGCGAGACGGCGCCGUCUUCCUUCAUACCAUCUUCCGGCCUCGCGAACAUCGCGCAUCGUUAUCGGCGGGCACUCGCCCACGCGUGUGAGUUCCGUUCCGUUCUGUGCAGUGACUUGGUCUCGUCGGCGGAUUUUCGUGGACGGACCCUUCAGUGGUGUACAUGUACCCUGGGACUAGAAUCGUGAACCGUAGAACGUAGGAGAAACAAAAAUAAAUAUGCUGAUAAGAGAAUUGGCGGCCGUUUGGGUCGCCGUCCUCUUGUGCCAUCUUCAGCUAACGGAGUCUCAGGUUCCUAGUGCAAAUGUCUUCACCUGUCCAAACGGAUGGGAACUGCGAGGCAUACACUGUUAUAAAUUCUUCAACAUCAGGCAUUCCUGGGAAAAAGCGGCGGAAUUAUGCAGGAGAUACGGAAGCGAGCUGAUGGUGGUGGAGUCGUACAGCGAGAACAACAUGUCGACGAGCAUGAUAGGCCGGCAUUUGGAUCAUUACUGGCUGGGUCUAGCUUCGCUCGACGAUUUACGAACCAACACACUCGAAUCGGCCGCGGGAAUGCUCGUUUCUCAAUACGCCGGUUUCUGGGCGUCGAAACAACCGAAUCCGCACUCGGGCGAAUGCGUAGACGCCGCUUUGACAGAUGACCGGCAAACGUGGGAAUUGACCACGUGCGAGUCUCUUCUUCCUUUCAUGUGUCGUGCCAACGCCUGUCCUUCCGGUUCGUUUCACUGCUCGAACGGCAAGUGCAUCAACGCGGCGUUCAAAUGCGACAAGCAGGACGACUGCGGCGACUAUUCCGACGAGCUGGACUGUCCGGCUAAUUGCCAGUAUUAUAUGGCGAGCAGCGGCGACGUCGUGGAGAGUCCGAAUUACCCGCAUAAAUAUGCACCCCUCAGCAAUUGCAAGUGGACGCUCGAAGGCCCUCAAGGACACAAUAUUCUCUUGCAGUUCCAAGAAUUCGAGACCGAGAAGAGCUUCGACAUAGUGCAGAUCCUCGUAGGCGGUAGAACCGAGGAAAAGUCCGUGAAUCUCGCGACCCUUUCCGGCAAGCAAGAGCUCAGCAACAAGCACUUCGUCUCGGCCUCGAACUUCAUGAUCAUCAAGUUCAGCACCGACGCUUCGGUAGAGAGGAAGGGCUUCCGCGCUUCCUGGAAAACCGAGCCGCAGACCUGCGGCGGAAUUCUUAGGGCGACUCCGCAAGGACAGGUGCUCACGUCUCCGGGAUACCCGCAGAAUUAUCCCGGAGGACUCGAGUGCCUGUAUAUCCUGCAGGCUCAGCCGGGACGCAUAAUGUCCGUGGAGAUCGAGGAUUUGGAUCUCGAGACGAAUCGAGAUUACAUUCUGGUCAGGGAUGGAGAUUCGCCUAUGAGCCGACCGAUCGCGCGGCUGACGGGAAAAUCGGACGAGAAUCCGGCAGUGAUCAUGUCCACCGGAAGCAAUUUGUACCUGUACUUCAAGACGAGUCUCGGCGAUUCCAGGCGUGGCUUCAGCGUUCGCUUCACGCAAGGCUGCAAGGCCACGAUCAUCGCGAGAAACGGCACGGUUCAGUCGCCUUCUUACGGCCUCAACGAUUAUCCGAAUAAUCAGGAAUGUCUGUACAGAAUCAGAAAUCCGGACAGAGGGCCGCUGUCUCUGAAAUUCCUCAGCUUCAACGUUCACAAGACUGACUAUGUGCAGAUAUAUGACGGUUCCAACACGAACGGUCUGCGCUUACAUCCCGGAAGCGGUUUCACCUCUAACACUCGACCCAAGAUCACACUCACUGCGGAAAGCGGAGAAAUGCUCGUCAGAUUCGCCUCCGAUGCCUUGCACAGCAGCACCGGGUGGCAAGCUGAAUUUUCUGCCGACUGUCCGCCAUUGCAACCCGGCGAGGGAGCUUUAGCGUCGAGUCGAGACACAGCUUUCGGCACGAUAGUUACAUUCUCCUGCCCGCUAGGACAAGAAUUCGCGACAGGAAAGUCGAGGAUCUCCACGGAGUGUCUGCCCGGAGGAAACUGGUCUGUCACAUACAUUCCUAAAUGUCAGGAAGUGUACUGCGGUCCCGUACCUCAAAUAGACAACGGGUUCUCGAUCGGCUCCUCAAACGUCACUUAUCGCGGAUUGGCGACUUAUCAAUGUUAUGCAGGAUUCGCGUUUCCUUCCGGAAGACCAACGGAAAAGAUUUCAUGCCUGGCGGACGGAAGAUGGGAAAAGAAGCCGUCGUGUUUAGCAUCUCAAUGCGCUCCGCUGCCGGAGGCUCCUCAUUCUAACAUAACUAUCUUGAACGGAGGUGGUCGAAGUUACGGCACAAUUGUUAGAUUCGAAUGUGAACCUGGUUACGUACGAAGCGGACAUCCUGUCAUUCUUUGCAUGAGCAACGGAACCUGGUCCGACGAAGUGCCAAUGUGUUCUCGUGCCAGAUGCCCGCUGCUGCCGACAAUUAAAAACGGAUUUGUCGUCGAUACCAGCAGAAAUUACUUCUUCGGCGACGAAGCCAGGGUGCAAUGCAACAAAGGCUACAAACUGACCGGAUCAAAUAUCAUACAAUGCGGACCCUAUCAACGAUUCGACAACGUACCGACUUGCGAAGACAUAAACGAAUGCGCAUCGAGCCAGUGCGACCUGGCGUCCACGGAGUGCAUAAACAAUCCAGGUGCAUUCACCUGCAAGUGCAAGCAGGGCUUUGCACCAACCAUGGAAUGUCGACCUAUCGGCGAUCUCGGACUCAUCAACGGCGGCAUCCCCGAUGAAUCGAUCACGGUUUCGAGUUCGGAAAAUGGAUACACGAAAACCGGAAUUCGCUUGAACAACGGCGAUGGCUGGUGCGGCAACAACAUCGAGCCUGGCGCGAACUGGGUGACAAUCGACAUGAAGGCGCCGACGAUCAUUCGCGGUUUCCGCACACAAGUUGUGGCCAGGUUGGACGGGAACAUCGCGUACACGUCAGCCGUGCGAAUCCAGUACACGAACGAUCUGACGGACAUCUUCAAGGACUACACGAAUCCGGACGGCACGCCGGUGGAGUUUAGGAUUUUAGAGGCAACUCUCUCCGUUCUGAACCUGCCGGUCCCGAUCGAGACGCGUUACAUAAAAUUCAAGAUACAGGAUUACAUCGGCGCGCCGUGCAUGAAGCUGGAGAUAAUGGGCUGCACAAGGCUGGAGUGCGCCGACAUCAACGAGUGCGCCGUCAGGAACGGCGGCUGUCAACAGAAGUGCAUCAACAGCCCCGGCAGUUACUCCUGCAUGUGCAACACCGGCUUUGAGUUGUACAAGAGCAACGGCACGGCUGGAUACAAUCUUGCGAAAUCGGAAACCGGCGAGAGAAACGGCGAUAUCUAUCAGAGAAAUAAGACGUGCGUGCCGAUGAUGUGUCCCUCGUUAACGUCACCGGAAAAUGGAAAAUUACUCUCGACCAGGGAGCAGCAUCACUUUGGUGAUAUCGUCAGAUUCCAGUGCAAUUUUGGUUACGUAUUAUCCGGACCUUCGGCUGUAAUUUGUACUUCUUCCGGUCUCUGGAACGGAACUAUUCCCGAAUGCCAAUAUGCAAAAUGCGUGUCACUACCGGACGACAAAAAUGAGGGUCUCUCCGUGAUCCGAAGCGACGAGGCCAGCGUGCUGGUACCUUUCAGGCAGAACGUCACUCUCAAGUGCGGAAGUAACGGCCGCUACUUGCGCAACACCGCGACUUCCACUUUCCGGCAGUGCGCGUACGAUCCCAAGCCCGGCUUACCUGAUUACUGGUUGUCAGGUUUGCAACCGGCUUGUCCUCGCGUGGACUGCGGCAAGCCUCUUCCUACGCCUGGCGCCGAAUACGGCCAGUACCUCGACUCCAAGUACCAGUCGUCCUUCUUUUUCGGCUGUCAGGACACCUUCAAGCUGGCCGGCCAGACCAAUCGCAACGACAACGUGGUGCGUUGCCAGGCGAACGGCGUCUGGGACUUUGGAAAUCUGCGAUGCGAGGGUCCGGUUUGCGAGGAUCCAGGUAGACCGAGCGACGGUUUCCAAGUAGCUCGAAGCUACGAGCAAGGCUCGGAAGUGCAAUUCGGCUGCGACAGACCCGGCUACAUCCUCAUCAAUCCGCGUCCGAUCGCUUGCAUCCGCGAGCCCGAAUGCAAAGUCGUGAAACCGCUCGGCCUCACUUCCGGACGAAUCCCGGACUCGGCGAUAAACGCUACUUCCGAACGACCCAACUACGAAGCCAAAAACGUCCGGUUAAAUUCCGUGACAGGCUGGUGCGGCAAGCAAGAGGCCUUUACUUAUGUCAGCGUCGACCUCGGUCACGUCUACCGAGUCAAGGCGAUCCUGGUGAAGGGCGUCAUCACCAACGACAUCGUCGGCAGACCUACGGAAAUUCGAUUUUUCUACAAGCAAUCGGAGAGCGAGAACUACGUCGUUUAUUUCCCGAACUUCAAUCUGACCAUGCGUGAUCCAGGAAAUUACGGCGAGCUGGCGAUGAUCACUCUGCCGAAAUACGUGCAGGCGCGCUUCGUCAUCCUCGGUAUCGUUAGCUACAUGGACAACGCCUGUCUGAAGUUUGAAUUGAUGGGAUGCGAGGAACCGAUGAUCGAGCCGCUGUUAGGUUACGAUUACGGAUUUUCGCCCUGCGUGGACAACGAGCCUCCCGUAUUCCAGAACUGUCCGCAGCAACCUAUAGUCGUGCAGAAGGGAGCCGACGGCGAAUUACUUCCGGUGAAUUUCACUGUUCCGACAGCCAUCGACAACAGCGGAAGCAUCGCUCGUCUGGAAGUGAAGCCGCAGAGCUUCAGAACGCCUAUUCGGAUCUUCGAGGACACGGUCGUGAAAUACGUGGCCUUCGAUUACGACGGCAACGUCGCCAUCUGCGAAAUUAACAUUACCGUGCCGGAUAUAACUCCACCGAGAUUGAGCUGCCCCCAGAGCUACGUUAUCGAAUUGAUCGAUCGGCAAGAAAGUUAUUCCAUCAAUUUCAACGAAACACGAAGACGUAUCAAUGCCACGGACGUUUCCGGACCCGUGAAAAUUACUUUUGUGCCGGAACGCGCGGUGAUUCGAGUCGGUAGUUUUGAGAAUGUUACAGUCUAUGCAACGGACUCGAGCGGCAACCGAGCGACUUGUCACUUCCAAGUUUCGGUCCAGGCGACGCCCUGCGUCGAUUGGGAACUAAAACCACCGGCUAACGGUGGCCUAAAAUGUGUCCCUGGGGAUAAGGGACUGCAAUGUAUAGCAACCUGCAAAUCCGGAUACAGAUUCACGGACGGUUCACCAGUAAAGACAUUCGGAUGUGACGUCAACAAACGGUGGUCACCUUCAUCGGUGGUGCCCGAUUGCGUUUCUGAAAACACGCAACAAGCUGAUUAUCAUGUAAUCGCCUCGGUGACUUAUCGCGCGAAUGGGGCUGUUUCUCGAUCUUGUUUGUCGAUGUAUCAAGAUCUCAUGGCUCAAUAUUAUACGAGUAUCAAUGGUAUUUUGACUCAACGUUGCUCCGCUCUCAGUGUGAACAUGAACGUGUCUUUCAUCAGAUCGAUGCCUUCCUUGCUCGAAGAAAACGUUCUCAAGAUGGACUUUGUCUUGGGAAUCGUACCGGCAGUACGUCAAACGCAAUUAUACGAUCAUUGCGGCGCCACAUUGAGCCUGAUCUUCGAUUUAUCGGUCCCGUAUGCUAGUGCGGUUAUCGAACCUCUGUUAAACGUUUCAUCGAUCGGCAAUCAAUGUCCGCCUCUUCGUGCUCUCAAAUCACAUAGCAGCAGAGGCUUCACGUGCAGCGUCGGUGAAGUCUUAAACAUGGAUACCGAAGAUGUUCCUCGUUGUCUGCACUGUCCGGCCGGAACAUUCGCCGGGGAGAAGCAGAAGCUGUGCACAGCCUGUCCGAAGGGCUUCUAUCAGAACAGCGACCGUCAAGGUUCUUGCUUGCGCUGUCCCUUCGGCACAUACACGAAGGAGGAAGGUUCGAAGAGCAUAGACGAUUGUAUCCCGGUCUGCGGUUACGGCACAUACUCGCCUACCGGUCUAGUACCUUGCCUGGAGUGUCCCAGGAACAGCUACACCGGCGAACCACCGAUUGGCGGCUACAAGGACUGCCAGACCUGUCCGGCUGGCACGUUUACGUAUCAACCAGCCGCGCCUGGUCGAGAUCGUUGCCGUGCCAAGUGUUCUCCAGGCAUGUACUCGGACACGGGACUCGCUCCGUGCGCUCAGUGUCCCAAGAACUUCUUCCAGCCUCAGCAUGGCGCGACUACCUGCGUAGAAUGUCCCACGAACAUGUACACGGACGGAUCCGGCUCCGUAGGCCGCGAGGAAUGCAAGCCUGUUCAGUGCACCGAGAAUGUUUGCCAACACGGCGGUCUCUGCGUGCCAAUGGGACACGGGGUGCACUGUUACUGCCCGGCAGGCUUCUCCGGGAGACGCUGCGAAGUCGACAUCGACGAGUGCGCGUCUCAACCAUGUUACAAUGGUGCCACUUGCAUCGAUAUGCCGCAAGGCUACAGAUGUCAAUGCGCGAACGGUUAUUCCGGUGUGAAUUGUCAGGACGAAAAGUCGGACUGUAACAACAACACGUGUCCGGAAAGAGCCAUGUGCAAGGACGAACCUGGAUUUAACAAUUAUACUUGCCUCUGUCGGUCUGGAUACACCGGAGUCGAUUGCGACAUCACUAUAAAUCCGUGCACAGCCAGCGGAAAUCCUUGCAACAACGGCGCGACGUGCGUGGCUCUUCAACAAGGACGCUACAAGUGCGACUGCUUGCCAGGAUGGGAGGGUCAGAGCUGCGAGAUCAACACCGACGAUUGCGCCGAGAGACCUUGCCUGCUUGGCGCCAACUGCACUGAUUUGAUCGACGACUUCGCCUGCGACUGCCCGCCCGGAUUCACCGGCAAACGCUGCCACGAAAAGAUCGACCUGUGCUCGGGCAAUCCUUGCUUGAACGGGAUCUGCGUGGACAAGCUCUUCAGCCACGAGUGCAUUUGCCAUACGGGCUGGACCGGCGCAGCUUGCGAGACCAACAUCAACGAGUGCGCCUCGAGACCCUGCAAGAAUAACGGCCAGUGCAUCGACCAGAUCGGCGAUUAUACCUGCACCUGCGAGCCUGGUUACACCGGCAAGAACUGCCAGCACACGAUCGAUGACUGUGCGUCUGAUCCUUGCCAGAACGGUGCCACUUGCUUGGACCAACUGGAGGGAUUCGUCUGCAAAUGCCGACCCGGCUACGUCGGCCUGCAAUGCGAGGCGGAUAUCGAUGAAUGUCUUAGCGAUCCUUGCAGUCCAGUCGGUACCGAUCGCUGCGUGGACCUCGACAAUACAUUUGUCUGUCAUUGCCGUGAGGGUUAUACUGGUGCCUCGUGCGAGAUCGAUAUCAAUGACUGCGAGUCCGAUCCGUGUCUGAACGACGCGAUGUGUAUAGACGAGGUUGGAGGCUUCAAGUGCGUUUGCCCGGAGGGAUGGACCGGGACUCACUGCGAGACGGACGUCGGCAUGUGUCAGAAUCGACCCUGUCAGAACGAUGCCACGUGCGUGGACUUGUUCAUAGAUUACUUCUGCGUCUGCCCAUCCGGCACCGAUGGCAAGCAAUGCGAAACGGCACCGGAACGUUGCAUCGGAAAUCCGUGCAUGCAUCACGGUCGUUGUCAAGACUUUGGUUCAGGCUUGAAUUGUACCUGCCCCGACGAUUACACUGGCAUCGGUUGUCAAUAUGAAUACGAUGCCUGUCAAGCUGGUGCUUGCAAAAACGGUGCUACUUGCAUCGACGAAGGCCCCGGAUUUACCUGUAUAUGUCCUCCAGGAUAUACAGGUCAAACUUGCGAGGAAGAUAUAAUCGACUGCAAAGAAAAUUCUUGUCCGCCAUCGGCGACUUGUAUCGAUCUCACCGGCAAAUUCUUCUGUCAAUGUCCGUUUAAUUUAACUGGCGACGAUUGCAGAAAAACCAUCCAAGUCGAUUACGACUUAUACUUUAGCGAUCCGGGACGAAGUAGUGCUUCGCAAAUUAUUCCAUUUUUCACUGGUUCCACAAAGAGUUUGACUGUCGCUAUGUGGGUGCAAUUUACGCAGAGAGAUGAAGCUGGAAUUUUCUUCACUCUGUAUGGCGUCAGCUCGCCGCACGUUCCGACAAACCGCAGACUUAUGAUGCAAGCGCACAGUAAUGGAGUUCAAAUAUCUCUCUUCCACGACUUGCAAGAUGUAUAUCUGCCCUUCAGAGAAUACGCGACCAUAAAUGACGGACAAUGGCAUCACGUCGCAGUUGUAUGGAACGGGGAAAAUGGCGGAGAGCUCACUCUAAUCACAGAAGGCCUUAUCGCUAGCAAGACCGAGGGUUACGGUAGCGGCAGAUCACUUCCAGCAUACGCAUGGGCCGUCUUGGGUAAACCACAGAGCGAGAACAUAAAGGGUUACACGGAAUCGGGCUUCCAAGGUCAUCUGACCAAGGUGCAAGUCUGGGGUCGCGCUUUGCACGUGACGAAUGAGAUUCAGAAGCAGGUGCGCGACUGUCGCACGGAACCGGUUCUUUAUCAGGGUCUGGUACUUACCUGGGCAGGAUACGACGAGACCGUAGGUGGAGUCGAGAGAAUUGUGCCGUCGCAUUGCGGACAGAGAGUGUGUCCACCUGGUUACGGUGGCAACAGAUGCCAGCAACUCGAGGCCGACAAGAUUCCGCCCAAGUUGGAGCACUGUCCGGGCGAUCUCUGGGUGAUCGCGAGAAACGGAUCGGCGAUCGUCACCUGGGACGAGCCGCGUUUCAGCGACAAUGUCGGCGUUGCGAGAAUACAGGAGAAGAACGGACACCGAUCCGGACAGACUCUGAUGUGGGGCACUUUCGAUAUCAGUUACGUGGCUUACGAUCAGGCCGGGAACUCGGCCAGCUGCAAUUUCAAAGUUUACGUAUUGUCGGAUUUCUGCCCGAUGCUGGAAGAUCCUAUCGGUGGCACGCAACAGUGCAAAGACUGGGGCUCUGGAGGUCAGUUUAAGGUCUGCGAGAUUGCUUGCAACACCGGACUUCGAUUUUCGCAAGAGGUUCCCAAGUUCUAUACAUGCGGUGCAGAAGGUUUCUGGAGACCUACUAAUAAUCCUAGUCUACCUCUGGUGUAUCCAGCUUGUACAAGCUCAACGCCAGCUCAAAGAGUCUUUAAAAUUAAGAUGAACUUCCCGACAUCGGUGCUCUGCAACGAGGCCGGUCAGGGUGUGCUCAAGCAGAAGGUUAGAAACGCCGUGAAUUCACUGAACAGAGACUGGAACUUCUGUUCGUACUCUUAUGAAGGAACUCGCGAAUGCAAAGAUCUGAAUAUCGAUGUGCAAUGCGAUCAUCGCGUACGCGCAACGAGAGAAACGAACGAAGAGGAUGGUGGAACUUACGUCAUUUCCGCGAUUGUGCCGGCAGAACCAACGAGACAGGGUCGCCAAGGCAGUGAUACCUACGAGGUGGAGAUCUCGUUCCCAGCGAUAAAUGAUCCGAUCCUGAACGCUAAUUCGAACGAGCGCUCGACCGUGCAGACGUUGCUCGAAAAACUGAUCUUAGAAGAAGACCAAUUCGACGUUCACGAUAUUCUGCCCAACACCGUGCCGGAUCCUGCGUCUCUUAUCCUGGAAUCCGAUUAUGCCUGCCCGAUAGGACAAGUUGUCAUGGCACCGGAUUGCGUACCAUGCUCGGUGGGCACUUACUAUGACGAAGAGACGAUGCAGUGCGUGUCCUGUCCCAUGAGCACUUACCAGAGCGAGUCCGGACAGUUGCGGUGCAACUCCUGCCCGGUAAUCGCCGGUCGUCCCAGCGUGACGGUGGGUCCUGGCGCUCGUAGCGCGGCCGAUUGCAAGGAGCGAUGUCCUGCCGGCAAGUACUACGACGACAUGGCCGGUCUCUGUCGCAACUGCGGCCACGGAUUUUACCAGCCGAACGAGGGUAGCUUCUCGUGUCUGCUAUGCGGCCUAGGAAAGACCACCAGGACCGCCGAAGCCGUGUCUCGCGAGGAAUGCAGAGACGAGUGCGGAUCCGGACAGCAGUUGGCCCUCGAAGGAAAGUGCGAGCCUUGUCCUCGAGGAACGUAUCGCACCCAGGGAGUGCAAGCCUCCUGUCUAUCUUGUCCUCUCGGCAGAACGACCCCGAACAUGGGAUCCGCCGCGAUAGAGGAAUGCUCGCUUCCGGUCUGCGAGCCCGGAACUUACCUGAACGGAAGCCUCAACGACUGCGUCGAGUGCAAGAAGGGAACGUAUCAAUCCGAACCGCAACAGACCUUCUGCAUCCCUUGUCCGCCGAACACCAGCACCAAAGGAUCCGCUGCUACGAGCAAGGCAGAGUGCACGAACCCGUGCGAGACGAGCGGCGCAGAGAUGCACUGCGAUGCGAACGCAUAUUGUCUACUUAUACCGGAAACGAGCGACUUCAAAUGCGAGUGCAAGCCCGGAUACAACGGCACCGGGACUGUCUGCACAGACGUGUGUCUUGGCUACUGCGACAACGAGGGUGUCUGCCUGAAGGACUCGCGCGGACAACCCUCGUGCAGAUGCAGCGGCAGCUUCACCGGCAAACAUUGCACGGAGAAGUCCGAGUUCUUCUACAUCACCGGCGGAAUAGCCGGAGGCGUUAUCUUGAUAAUCAUCGUGGUGCUGCUCGUCUGGAUGAUUUGCGUCAGAGCAUCCAGAAAGAAGGAACCGAAGAAGAUGCUCACUCCAGCGACUGAUCAGAACGGCUCUCAAGUGAACUUCUAUUAUGGUGCACCGACACCUUACGCAGAGUCGAUAGCGCCGUCACAUCAUAGUACGUAUGCUCAUUAUUACGACGACGAGGAGGACGGAUGGGAGAUGCCCAACUUCUACAACGAGACUUAUAUGAAAGAGAGCCUGCACAACGGGGGCAAGAUGAACAGUCUUGCCCGAUCGAACGCCAGUAUUUACGGCACGAAAGACGAUCUUUACGACAGACUGAAGCGUCAUGCAUAUACCGGUAAAAAAGAUAAGAGCGACAGCGACAGCGAAGGCCAGUGACCGGGUAGAACAAUGACUUUCAUGCCAACGUAGAGUACGAAAAUGCGAGAGAUCUCGAUCAGUAAUCAGACGAAGCGACGACGGUAUCUCAUCCUUCGUUGCUCCAACCCGAUCGACGGAUCGUGUUAUUUAUUGCAUAUCCUUCUAUAUGACGGCGCCGAGAUCCGCGGUCGUCCAGAUCGGGCAAUUGGAUAUUUCAGAAGGGAGAAAAAAGAAAGAGAGGGCUCGAUCGGAGCCGCGGAAUCUCGCGUCGAUCCGCAAGAGACCGAUGCAAGAGUCCUGGAACGAUGAUCGGCAGAUCAUGUUGUACACCGAUCGUCGCUUCGGCACGCGUUUAUUCGAGCCGGAAAUCCGAAGGCGCGCAACGUAAAAAAAAAAAAAAAAUAAUGGGAAAAAAAGAAUAGAAACGGAACCCGUUCGUCCUUCGUGAUGAUGUGAAAUUCGAUGCGUGUUCAAUGAUUAAAGAGACUUACGCGCGAGGUUGUAAUUUUUGUAAUUUAAUUACCGCGUAUAUAGACAUGUGUAUUAAGGAUCCAUCUCCCGACUACCAUCACACCAUCAUCCACCCAUUCCCAUUCCCCUUUCUUAUUAAUUCGUACGAUUAACGGUGCGUACGUGAGAGAAACUGUGUGUGCUUGUAUAUGUUAAUUAUAACUAUAUAUAUAUACGUGAAUUUAUAUUUUGUUACUCGGAAGAUAUACGCAUCAUCGUUGUAAUAUUGUAUAAUAAAUGCGCGGGCGCGCGCGAUAGAAAGAAGGAGAAAAUUUGGCGAGAUUUCGAACUUGUAGCAUUUCAGCGAGUGUGUCGAAGAAAAUCAGAAGAAGAGAAAUCUCGCGAAAAUCUCCCCGCGGCGUGAGAAGACCGAUUCGAUUCGCGAUGAGCCACAAAAAAUCUGGGGAACAGCGUACUUUCUCACGAUAAUAUCUCUUUGUAAAAAAAAGAAAAUAAUAAUAAAACGUGAGAACCGCCGGAAGUGACGAGCGUUGAACUUUGCACGUUUGCGAACGAUGCUUACCACGCUGUUUUU